UCUGUUUAGACGGGACGGCUGCUUUUAAAAGACUUUCGAAGAAUACUCCAAAAUAACAAUAGAGAAGAUGACCACUGUCAGUUACUCUGUCCGAAUCCAUAUCAACUAAUGUGGUUAUCCUCACUGUUGUACAUUGACCUUAGAGUUGUGUUGGCCUUUCUGCUGACUGCGUUUGUUGAGGAUUAUUAAGCUGACCACAUGUAAUGUGUAUUGUUUUGCUUUUUUUUUUUUUUUUUUUUUUGAGAGAGUAAAUUGAUUGGGGCCUCAGAGAUAAAAAGAGAAAUGUGCAGAGUUUAGAGUUUUUGACAGCAAGGGUCAUGCGAAAGCCAUUUCACUGGACUGGGUCCGGUGACAACAAAUUGGCAAUGAGUGACAUGAAAGACUCUAGAUGUAUUUCGAGAUAAAGUCUUCCGAGAGAUGUCUUUAAAUUAUAUCAAGAACUUUUAUGAAGGAUGUCUCAGACCUCCAACUGUGAUUGGUCAGUUCCACACCCUUUUCUUUGGGUCUGUGCGAAUGUUUUUUCUUGGAGUACUAGGCUUUGCUGUAUACGGAAACGAGGCCUUGCAUUUCAGCUGUGAUCCAGAUAAGAGGGAGGUGAAUUUGUUUUGUUACAACCAGUUUCGACCGAUAACUCCUCAGGUAUUUUGGGCACUGCAGCUUGUGACAGUUCUGGUCCCAGGAGCCGUUUUCCACCUUUACGCAGCUUGCAAAAGUAUAGACCAAGAAGACAUUCUCCAAAAACCCGUUUACACUGUAUUUUACAUUAUUUCUGUACUUUUAAGGAUAAUAUUGGAGGUGGUAGCAUUUUGGCUACAAAGUCAUCUUUUUGGCUUCCAAGUCAAUCCAAUAUUCAAAUGUGAUGCAUCACCCCUUGAGAAGAAGUAUAAUAUUACCAGGUGUAUGGUUCCUGAACACUUUGAAAAAACCAUUUUCCUCAUUGCCAUGUAUACCUUUACCGUGAUUACAAUAGUACUGUGCGUUGCCGAGAUAUUUGAAAUUUUAUAUAGACGAUUAGGUUUCCUGAACAAUGAGUGACCUACACGUCUUACAUUAUUUCCAGAUUCCAAGUGAUGUUUAGAAAGUCCUGAUCUUCAAACAAGGACUGCUUAUCAAAUACAUCUGCAAUUUUCUGCAGGAAAUUAUGUGGAUAACACAUAAAUAACAUGUAUAAAUGUAUGUGUCUGUAUUUCUGUGAAAAUAUGUCCUGAACAGAAAAUACUUUUUUUUUUUUUUAACAUAGGAUAAAGGAAUACUCUAAUGCUGUGGUAGGCAACCUUCAGCAAUCCAGAUGUUGCGGACUUCAUCUCCCCUGAUGCUUUGCCAGCUUCAAGAGCAUUGUGGGAGAUGUAGUCCACAAAAUCUAGAGUGCAAAAAGCUGCCCACCCCCUGCUUUAAUGUAUUUCACUGUAAAUAUGUAUAUAUUUAGUUAUAAUCAGCAGGUUUGCAAUAACUUGAAAUGUUGGGGAGAAAGGUUCCAAGUUAUAUUUUUUUUCAAUGAAUGACAAAGUAGUAUUUAUUUAGACUCCUGCGUGAGAGUGAAAGUAGAGAGGUUUAUUGCUGUGAGUAUAUACUACUCAGCUGAUCUUUGUCCAUAUUGGAAAAUGCAAACAGUUCAUGAGUGCCUGUUACGAGAUACAUAUAUCAUUCAGCAACAACUGUAACUCUCACAUUAAGUGUAUCGUACAUAAUAGAAUCAUCCAGCCGGGGGUAUUAACUUCAAAUUUUUCGUAAAACCUCCCUUUAUUGUCUUCAAAUGUUUUAGGUACUCAACCAAGUCCCGCACAGACUCCAAAUAGCCCAGCAUUGUCAGGGAUUUCAAUUCAGUUCCAAUGGGAAUAUCAAUAAAAUGGAACAACUGAUGAUUAUUCAGGAUUAGUUUGAGAAACAUGGUCUAUGGGAAGUUGAGUAACUGCAUAUGACAGAUUUUUGUUUUUCUUCCCACAAAAUUAAAUAUAUUUUAUUUUGGAUGUUGGUCUUUCAGAAAAUGUGAAAUAAAUACGGGCAAUGGGCCAGAACAAGACCUUACUUAUGUAAACCAAGGAAUACUGUCUCUGUAGAAAAAAAAAUGAGAACACAAAUGGCUAAAAAUGGUUUUAAGCUAAUUUCUAGAAUAACAGAUUUGUUUUGGAAAUAAAAUAUGUGCACAGUCAAGUUCAUACACUGACGUUCCUGACCUAGGUGGCAAGGACAUAUUAUAUACUGAAGGACAGAUUAUUUACCAUGUUAAGGAAAAAUCCAACUGUGAAAUUCUGUAUGUCACACUUCAGGAAUGACCAAAGACUGACUUUCAGUGUUAUCCAAAAUAUUUGCAUUUCUAACCUUGUCACCCAUAUAUUGAUAAAGUCACUAAUUAUAUAAGACUCCUGAGAACAGCCAUCGUGCUUUUAAAACACGAGACAGCUAUGGCAUUUCUAGUGCUAAAAUCUUAAAUUAGAUACUGUUUAUAUAACAUCCCAUAAGUAAACAUUUCACAGUGUAGACUACUGCAGUCUAGUAAUUAUCAAUACUAUCAGAGUUUGGACAUCUAAGACUAACUGAUGGUCACAUGCAUUCAUUUUUCUCAUAUAACAUUUUUUUUCAUCUGGAACAUUAAGUUAUCAACUGCAAAUUCCAGACUUCUCCAAUAUUUUUAAAUCAUGUAAAUUGUUAUUUUGAUUGGUUCAGUGUUAUAUGUUCUUUUGUAAAUCAAAUAUCCAUCCAACUUAUCUUAAAAGAAAAUAUAUCUCUUUGAAAUUAAAAUGUGUAAUCUCAGGAACAAACCUUUUAUGUGUCAGCUGAUUUUUUUUAUGUGUUGCUGUAUAAGUGUUACUAACAAUUCUAGCUGAAUGCGCGCUGUAGAUCUGAUUCAUGUGUCAUCGGGUCGCAUUUUAUCAAGAGUGU